CAACGAAAAGGUAUAAAUAACGGACGCGGCACCGGCGUUCGAUCGCAGUUCUUCUGAAGGGCUCCGGCUGUUACCAUGAGAACGGCGGGCACCGCGCUGGUUUUGGGUCUGAUGCUGGCGGGGGUCGCCUGGGUAGGCGGCGUCGACCCGGGUCCGGCCGCUCGCCGACCCAUGUGCGACUCCCCCGAGGUGGAGGAGACGGCCUUCGUCGCUCUGGACUACAUCAACAACCUCCACAGGCACGGGUACAAGUAUGCCCUCGAGAGGAUAGAGGAUGCCAAGGUCAUUCCGGCGCCCAUAGGUGGGGAGGUCUACCUCCUGGAGCUGGAUCUUCUGCAGACGACGUGCCAUGUUCUGGAUCCCACACCACUUGCAAACUGCACCGUCAGGGACAAGAUAAAAAUGACAAUUGAAGGAGACUGCGAUGUGGCCGUUUCAAAAGUAAAUGGAGUUUUAGACGUGAAAGCCUUCAAGUGCAAAUCCAAACCAGAAUCCAGGGAGCAGAUGUGCGUAGGCUGCCCAGUUCUUCUCCCUCUGAACCAUACAGAGGGCCUGCAGAUGGUAGACAGCUCCCUGGCCAUGUUCAACAAGCAGUCCAACUUCACCACCACGUUCGCGCUGCUGGAGGUCGCCAGACUGACCUCGCAGGUGGUUGGUGGAGGAGCCAAAAUGGAUGCUGAGUUUGUCCUCGUGGAAAAGGAUUGCACACCUGCCGGAGGAUGUGUUCCUCUGCAAGGACCUGAAGCCCGCCUAGCAGUCUGCGUGGCUACCUCAGUUGGACAGCCGUCCGCGCUCACGGUGAACUGCAAGAUCUUCCAAGCGCCUGCUCCUGCUCCUGUCGCCCCGGCAACGAAUGAUACGGUGGGAGGGGUGCCGCCCUCCCCGCCCGUCACCCCCGCCCCCCUGCCCGGCAACAUGCACCACAAGCUGAUCCACCUCCACCUGAGCGAUCCGUCGGCCACCGGCCUGCUGUCGGCGUCCAAGGAGUCCGUGGAGGUCCCGGCGGUGGUAAAGAGAGAGGCCCCCCCCCCCGCCCCCGACACCGCCCCCGACCCCGAGGGCCGCCCGCCCCUGCCUAUGGGUCCCGGCAUCCAGCUGUGCCCAGGCAGGGAGCGACGGUCAGCGUUGCCGUGGUGUUUUCGUUGCCGUGGCGUUUUCGUUGCCGUGGCGUUUUCGUUGCCGUGCAGGUACAUUUUCCCGCCGCGGCGCUGCGUUGUGCGCGGUAGAGCACAGGGGACCAUGAGGACGCUGGCGGCGCUAACCGCCGUGUUGGGCGCGCUGACCGCGGUGUUCGCGGCGCCGUCGCCCCCGCCCGAGCCCCUCGCCAUCGCCUGCGACGACCAGAGCAACGCCACGUCCCGCGCCGCAGUCCGGCUCAUCAACGCCCACCAUCACCACGGAUACAAGUACCGGCUCGACAAGACCCGGUCCAGCGGCGUGGUGCAGAAGGGUAACUCCAGCUGUGAGUUUGAGCUGCAGCUGGAUCUGGAGGAGACCAAGUGCCACGUUGUGAAUCCCAAACCCUUCGAGGAGUGUGAGCUCCGUGCGAUGGAGGAAACGAAAGUGAAGGCAGACUGCAACGUCACCUUGGCCGUCAAGGAAGGGAAGCCCAAAAUAAAGUACUCGUGCACAUCGGCACCAGCUUCAGCAGAGGAGUUAGUGGCUGUGUGCCCAGACUGUCCCACUCUGCUCCCCCUGAACGACUCCCAGGGCCUGGACAGCGUCAAGCGUGCCCUGAAGAAGUUCAACCAAGAAUCCAACGACACCUCUCUCUUCAGACUGAUGGAGGUUGGCAGGCUGUCCACACAGUACAUGUUUCUGGGACAGUCGUUCUUCGCCGAGUUCGCCAUCGUGGAGACGAGCUGUUCUCGGGGGGAAGAGCCCGAAAACAAGGAAACCUGUCGGCCCCUUUGUGACAGUGACGCUCGUCACGGCUUCUGCAGCUCAACCCUGCUCGGAAACGACGAAGUGUUUGUGGACUGCGAGAUCUACGAUGCACAGAACGUGACGGACGAAGGUCACCAUCAUCAUCACCAUCCUCAUCACCAUCAUCACCAUCAUCACCAUCCCCACGGCGGUCCUGCGGGGAGAGGGUGUGGCCAUCAUCACGACCACCCCGGGCACCACACGCGCCCCGCCAUCCCGCCCCCUCACCCCCCCCAUCAUGGCCCCCCCCCUGAAUUCCAAAGGCCCCAUGGCCUCCCCCAUAUGUUCCCUCACCGCCCCCAUCGCUGCCCAGGCCAGCAAAAAACAGACCCCUCCAUCUACCCCAUCUGCCCUCCUCCCCUAUUCGGUUUCCCCCCCCACGGCUUUCCGCAUCAUCCACACGGUGGCAGCAUGCCUGGGAUGCCUCCUCACGGGCCCCCGCAUGGUCCCCCUCGCGGGCCCCCGCAUGGUCCCCCUCACGGGCCCCCUCACGGUCGCCCUCGAGGCCCCCCCUUCUCCGAUGCCUAACUAAGACACGAGCCCACUCAGGGUUCCGAGGGGGUCAGUUCAGCCCAUUGUGUCUUUUUUUUUUUUUUUGCACCGUUAAUCAGGAAGUACUUUUUUCACGCAGGUUGUGAGGAGUGAAUGGGAGGAGCCUCUUUGCCAGGUCAUACAGUAGAGGCGGAGUCUCUCAGACUGGUCAUGUUUUGGUCAGGUGCAGUGCUGGAUACUCUCUUACUCCAGGGGUGUCCAAUCUCAUCUUAUCCGUCUCACAACUCAAAGGGCCUGAUUUACUGACGCCUGUAGUACGUGCAUAACCAUCCAUUUUAGACUAAUAGCUAAGCUAAGUAUAACAGCACAGCCAAUGACUGGUGCAAAACAAACACCAUGACCAGUCAUUGGUAAUGUUAUAUGACUUCUGCGUGUGUGCAAAAGGUCUUAGCUGUAGGUCUUAGCAAACCAGGCUCUUCCUGCGGGGAUAAAACAAGGACCCCCACCGGAUCUUUUAGGAUAAGAUCGGACACCCCCGCUCCAGUCUGUAGAUCAGUGAUGAGCUUAGCCUGGCCAAAUGGCCUGUUCUCACCAUUAGGUUCUAAUUCAGGAUACCAAGUGAUGACGAACAGGAAAAACACAUUUUCCGUUCUUAUGCGGAUCACACUUCAAUUAAUUCAAUUGCAUUAUUUACUAUCAAAAUAAAUGAUUUCCCGAAUUUACUGAAUUGAAAUAGAACUUCGGUGGUGCUUCUUCCCAGUUAACAAGGUAUUCACCAGUGUCUGUUAGCUCAAAGUCAUAUUCUGAGAUUAGUGGACGCAAUGGAUUUCUUUUACAAACAGAAUGUAUUUCUUAUGUGAAAUAAGAUGUGCUAGCCUAAGAUCAAGUGACCCGCUCACUGCUUUGCAUCAAAGCUUCUUGGCUUUGUCUAGAGAUUUAACAUAGACCUUUCAUCACGUAAUCACUGCUGACAAUACAGUUUGAAGUUGAUUUUUUCCUCCUUGACAGAGCAGCUGGAUUUCACAGAUUUGUACUUUUAUCCUGAGAAAAAAAAAAAGCAAAAGGAAAUAAGUUUAUAGAGAUGGAUGCAGUGUAAAUGCUGCGUAAAGGUUGUGCAAGUCUCUCUGGAUAAGAAUGUCUGUGAAAAUGCCUGUAAUGUAAUGUAAUAUGUGUUGCACAGCAUUCUAACCAGGCAAAAAAAAACUGUACAAUCCCACAGCAGGUUUCAACUUCACAUUCGCUUUAAAUUUGAUCCUGUGAAUUCUGUGAAGUUUACCUGCGGCCAUUUUAAUUUGUCUGCUCACAGGUAGUCAUCACACAGCCUCCAGUUUGCAUAAGACCCUAUCAUUCACAACCCGAAAGCUCGAGAAAUAAUAAUAAAGCUACGUGCAAAACAAUGCCUCA